AUGGCGUCCUUCGUGCCGGGCCCCGACUUGGUCCAACAAUUCCACCGUGACGGCUUUCUUGUUCUCCGCGCUGAAGAGCAUGGCCUCGUCAGACCUGAGCAGCUUCAGGCCUGGACAAAGGAGGUGCGCGAGUGGCCGGCUGAGAAGGGCAAGUGGAUGCCAUACCAUGAGGUCAACACAGACGGGUCGCGACAACUCAUGAGGACGGAGAACUUUGUCGACUAUCACCCCGAGUUUCAUGCAUUACUGUGCGGCGACGCUUUGGCGAAGAUACUGAAAAGCAUUUCGGGAGAUGUAAGUCAGAUUGGUCCUGUUACAACGAGGGCGAUUGCUGCUUGCGAAAUGUUUGCGGUGACUGACUUGGAAUUCGGGUCGCAGGACAUGCUCCUCUUUAAAGACAAGAUCAACUACAAACUUCGGUCAGGUAACGGGUUUGCGGCACAUCUGGACGCGCCCGCAUAUGACCACAUUGGCAAGAUCGAGCACCUCACAGCGAACUUCGCCGUGGACGAAGCGAGCCCGGAAAACGGCUGCAUCGAAGUCGUUCCGGGAUCGCAUAAGAUGGAGGUCGAACUCUCGCACGGCGGGGCCAUUUCCCGAUCCUGGGAAGACGGCCACGAGUGGACGAAGGUGCCCCUUCGGCCCGGGGAUGUUUUGUUGUUUGGGAGUCACCUCGCACACCGGAGCGCGCCGAAUCGCACGAACAGCAACCGAAGCAGCAUCUAUGCAACAUACCAUGGGAAGAGUGACGGACUGGAUCUGAGACAGAGAUACUAUAAGCAUCGGAGGGAGAACUUCCCGCCUGACCACGAGCGCGUAGCUGGGAAGGAUUAUAGCCAGGGCUAUAAGACGUACGGGUUUGCUGCCCCCUUCAUGUCAGAGAAGCAGGUGGAGCAGGAUAAGGCCAGGGUCCAGCCUGUCCACUGA